AUGCUUCGCGGACGGGCGACGCGAGCGCUGCGGUCCACCGCGACGUACGCGUCGGUUCGCGCGUCGAUCGGGAGCGAGGGAGCGACGGAUGCGGGCGCGAACGCGGUGCGCACGCUCCACAGGGGCCUCUCGUCGACGUCGACGACGAUGCGGGCGAACGCGGCGACGGAGCGCGAGCGCGCGAGCGCGGUGGGGCUGGGGGAGUUUGAGAUGAAAGGGGUGACGCUGCGCGGGAGGCCGCUGUACCUGGACAUGCAGGCGACGACGCCGCUCGACCCGAGAGUCCUGGACGCCAUGAUGCCCUACAUGACGGAGCAGUACGGGAACCCGCACUCGCGAACGCACAUGUAUGGAUGGGAGACGGAAGACGCGAUCGAACGGGCGAGAAAGGAAGUGGCGGAUCUCAUCGGUGCAGACGCGAAGGAGAUCGUGUUCACGAGCGGGGCGACGGAGUCGAACAACGCGUCGCUGAAGGGGGUGGCGCACUUUUACAAGGAUAAAAAGAGACACAUCAUCACAACCACGACCGAGCACAAGUGCGUGUUGGACUCGUGCCGGCAGCUCGAGCGCGAGGGAUUCGAUGUUACGUAUCUCCCGGUGAAAGCGAACGGAUUGAUCGAUAUGAAGGAGCUCGAGGCGGCGAUGAGGGAGGACACCGUGGUUGUCUCCAUCAUGGCGGUGAACAAUGAAAUUGGGGUGAUUCAGCCGCUAAAGGAGAUUGGCGCGCUGUGCAGAUCGAAGAAGAUCUUCUUUCACACCGACGGGGCGCAGGCUUUGGGGAAGAUUCCCAUGGAUGUGAACGAGUUGAAUAUCGAUUUGAUGUCGAUUAGUGGACACAAGUUUUACGGCCCCAAGGGCAUCGGCGCGCUGUACGUCCGUCGCCGUCCGCGCGUUCGUUUAGAGCCGAUCAUCAACGGUGGCGGCCAAGAGCGAGGUCUACGUUCUGGCACACUCCCGACGCCCCUGAUCGUCGGCAUUGGCGAGGCAGCUCGCGUGGCGAAGGAGGAGUUGCAUCGCGAUGAGGUGCACGUCAAGCGAUUGUCCGAUCGUUUGAUCAACGGACUCCAAUCGCGUUUAGAGCACACGCAGAUUAACGGCGAUCUCGAAGCGCGUUACCACGGUAACGUCAAUAUGUCGUUUGCCUACGUCGAGGGCGAGUCGAUGUUGAUGGGCCUGAAGGAGAUCGCCGUGAGUAGCGGGAGCGCAUGCACGAGCGCUUCUUUGGAGCCAUCGUACGUGCUUCGCGCGCUCGGCGUGAACGAGGAGAUGGCACACACUUCGAUAAGAUACGGUAUUGGCCGAUUCACCACCGAGGCUGAAGUGGAUCGCGCCAUCGAGGCGACUGUGAGGCAAGUUGAAAAGCUUCGCGAAAUGUCGCCACUUUGGGAGAUGGUUCAAGAAGGGAUCGACCUCAAGACAAUCGAGUGGGCCCAGCACUAA